CCAAAAUCCUUCCUAAUUAUACCCAACAUCAAAACAUACCAAAAGUACAUCAAAAUUAUAUAAAUAUAUACAAUUCAUAUAAUUCCUAUACAGAGACAGCUCUAACCAAGCCAUUUAAAAAUAUUUAUUUCUUAAUUUUUUUAGCAUUUUUUCCAGCUCAUCUGCCACCUUUAUUACCAUAUACGUAUAACAUCCCAAAAAACCCUACUAACCCUGAUAAAUACCAAAUAACAUGCAUGCAUGCAUGAGACUAUAUAUAUAGACACCUUAUAUUAUAAAUUGAUGAUCAUCAUCCUCCUGUUGAUAUAUAUAUAUAUAUAUAUAUAUAUAUAUAUAUCUGUAUAUGAUCAAGAGCUAGCUUCUUCGCCAGUUUAAUGGUGAAGAAGAAGUCAAGCAUGGGACGUCAAAAGAUAGAGAUAAAGAAGAUUGAAAAUGAGGAGGCAAGGCAGGUGACCUUCUCCAAACGCAGGACAGGGCUUUUCAAGAAGGCCAGUGAGUUGUCCAUACUUUGUGGAGCUGAAGUUGGGCUUGUUGUCUUCUCUCCGGCUGGCAAGGCCUUCUCUUUUGGCCACCCUUCUGUUGACAUAGUCACUGACCGUUUCCUCGCCGGAGCAGGAACACCAAUAGGCCUGGACAACCGCCGUGGAGCCAGCAUCCGUGAGCUCAACCGGCAAUAUACUGAACUCUUGAGUUCAGUGGAGGCUGAGAAGAAGAAGAAGGAUGGGAUGGAUCAGUUGCUGAAUGGGGAGAGGAAUGGGAAACCAUUCUGGUGGGACUCUAAUCUGGAAGUUCUGGGAGUAGAGGACCUGCAAGAGUUUCAGAAAGCACUGAAUGGAUUGAGGAACAAUGUUUCAAGGAAAGCUGAGAUGAUUUUGUUUGAAGAAUCAAUGAGGAACAAGACGAUGUUUUCGGUCGGUAAUAAUAUAAAUCUUGCUGCAGUUAAUAACCUUAAUGCCAAUCCUUUCGGUGUUAAGAAUGAAGGAACAGUUUGUGCUGGUGGUGUUCCUCCUUAUGCUCCUUUUGUUGAAUAUGGCUUCAAUCUCUUUGGUCCUCUCAAUCAUAAUUAAUUAGCUCUUUAAUCAGUUUUUAUUUUCUUGUCGUCUGUUUCGGUUAAUA